AUAUCGCCGAAAAUUGUUGUUGUUUCCAAAAAUCGUGAUUUAUAUCCAUUUUCCUUUAAUAUUUAACUACUUACCAUCCAAAUACAGUGUUAAAUAUGUCGGCAGAUAUUCUCAAAGCCGAAGAGGUCAUAACCGACAAUUGCGUUCUUUGCGGUAACUUUGAUUGUGAGUUGCGUACUUUGGACGAGCAUGAUGCAUCGCUGCCGCCUGCUGCGCCGCCGCUGCGGUCCGUGCUGCUGCAUUUGAGCCACAACAAGGCCCUGCCCCCGGGUCGCGUGUGCACGGGCUGCGCGGCGCGCGCGGUGGACGCGUACUCCUUCAGCGCCUCGCUGACGUGCCAGCAGCAGCCCACCCUCAGCGACAAGAUCCGGGCGCUGCGGAGACGUCUGCAUGAUCUUACGCAGAAGAUUGAUGUGUUCAUUGUUGUUGGCUCGCAGGGACAAGAGGGUGGCACAGGCACAUACAGUGAGGAAGAUAUAAUUAUGGUGGAGCGGUCGGCCCUGGCCGCGGCCGCCGGGGACGAGGCACUGGAGCGAGACAACAACCACCACGGAGACCAUGUGUACCAGUGCAGCGUGUGCCCUCAUAGCUUCCAGCGCGCAGCCGAGUUCCGCGCGCACUGCGACACGCACCCUUCCGACGCCGUGCACUCGUGCUGGACCUGCGGCGCGCAGCUGGACUCCCGCGCCGCCUGGAGCGAGCACUGCGCCGCGCACCGCGCCGCGCCCGCCUGCGCGCUGUGCCACGCGCCCUGCCAGAGCGCAGCGGCCCUGCGCGCGCACUCUUUAACCUGCCCGUCCGUAUGCCCUGCCUGCGGCGAGACGUUGCCGGACCGUGCAGCCCUCUCGGCCCACGCUCGCGACCGCCACUCCGCGACGUUGCCGCUCGUAUGCCCCGCGUGUUAUAGGACCUUUGAUUCUGCGGCGGAUCUGUCUGCGCACUCGCUGACCCAUAGACAGGCGAGCCAGUUCGUCUGUGGUUAUGAUUCGUGUAUACUGCGGUUUGCUACUAGGAGCACCCUGAUGUCGCACAUCCGCAAGUGCCACGGCGGCGAGGCGGCGGAGGACGCGCCCGCGCCCAGCUCCGUCAGCUGCGAACACUGCUACCGGACGUUCGCAACCGUAGCGGCUAAGAACCGGCACGCGCGCGUCCACAAGAACGAGGCUAAGCAGUACGAGAGCGCCGGCGAAGACAUGGAGACGCUGCCCGAGGAGCAGGUGGAGUACCUGGAGGUGGAGACGCUGGAGGAGGCCUACCCCGACGACUACGAGCUGGACGUCAAGCCCACGCUGCCCUUGCAGUGAUCGGAGUAGGGGCACUGACAUGUGGUACGCCACUUGAUGUAAUCCAAAGUAUAUUUACGUUUUCUUUCAUUCCCUAUUAUCUCUUGUUUAAUUAGGCUUUAGAAUUAAUUAAGACAUUAUAAAUGAAAUUGUGACUGAAACAUGGGAGAGUUAAAUAUACCAUAAUGUGUAGUUUU